AUGCACCACCACCUCAACCCCAAGGCGCUCUUUUCUGGCCGAAAGGAGAGCACCUCUCCCCAGACACAAGCCGCGUCCGGCUCCGGAGCCGUGUCUCCAGGCCGACCUCUGGAUUCGUCCACCAACGUCGAAGAUGUGGAUGAGCUUGACGGAGACGGCCAGAACAUCAUCAUGGGAAUUAUCGCGCAGCUGCGACCCGGCGCUGAUCUGUCUCGAAUCACACUUCCCACCUUCAUUCUCGAGCGAAAGUCCAUGCUCGAGCGAAUCACAAACUCCCUGCAGCACCCCACAUAUGUCAUUGAGGCCCACGCCACCAAGGACCCCAUGCAGCGGUUCAUCCAAGUGGUAAAGUGGUACCACUCCGGCUGGCACAUCACCCCCAAGGCCGUCAAAAAGCCCCUGAACCCCAUUCUCGGCGAGUUCUUCACAUGCUACUGGGACUACGACGACGGUUCCCACGGAUACUACAUCUCCGAGCAGACCUCCCACCACCCUCCCAAGUCAUCCUACUUUUACAUGAUCCCUGAGCACAACAUCCGAGUCGACGGUACACUGGCUCCCAAGUCCCGUUUCCUGGGUAACUCAGCUGCUUCUCUCAUGGAGGGCGCCACCAUUCUCAAGUUCCUGGACAUUGUAGAUGCCAAGGGCGCUCCCGAGGAGUACGAAAUCACUUCGCCCAAUGCCUACGCCCGAGGUAUUCUCUUUGGACGGCUCAAGUACGAGUACUGCGACCACUCGAUCAUCAAGUGUCCCGCUCUGGACCUGACUCUGGACCUGGACUUCAAGGCCAAGGGCUUCAUUUCCGGUACAUACAAUGCCUUCGAGGGCCAGAUCAAGAAGAUCUCCACCGGCGAGGCCUUUUACGAUGUUUAUGGAAAGUGGGAUGAAAUCAUCGAGCUCAAGAACCUCAAGACCGGCGAGAAGUCGGUGCUGUUUGACGUGACUAAGGCCGCCCUGCACCCUCCCAAGGUGCGACCCAUCGCUGAGCAGGCCGCCACCGAGUCCCGACGACUGUGGGAGCCCGUCACCGACGCUCUUGCUAAGCGAGACCACACCGUUGCUACCGACGAAAAGUUCAAGAUUGAGGACAAACAGCGAACGCUGGCCAAGGAGCGAGAAGAGCACGGCGUCAAGUUCCUGCCCAAACUGUUCAAGCCCGCCCCCGCUCCCCUGGACUUCAUUCUGUAUAAGGAUCUGCACGGCACUCCCGAAGAGAUCACCAAGGAGAUUCUCAGCAUAGUCCCCAUUCUGCCCGGCCAACAGUUCACCAAGGACUUUGAAAUGUCCGGCGAGAAGAAAUACAAGCUGGAGAAGAGCGGCCAGGCCAGCAGCGAGACUCAGCCCACCGCCACGACCACUGCGGCUGCCCCCCAAGCAGGCGCUGUCCCCACAACCCCUGCUAACGGCCAGACUCCCCUGGCCAAGACUUCUGAUCUUCAGGAGGCUCUUCCCACCGAAGAGGACGAGUUCCACGACGCCCAGUAG